CUGGGCGCCAGAGUGUGGCCCGGUGCUAUUCGAGCAGCUGUGAGCUCAGCUGGUCACAGAGGGCACCGGCAGCUGCAGGGCUUUGCUGAAGGACCUGAGGCUCCUGAGCAGGGACCCGCAGUGCGGGUUAUGCUGGGGGCUCAGAUCACGUUGACAAGUGGACACUCAGGACAGCACCAUGGGGGACUCACAGGAGGACUAUGAAGAAGUGCUGGAGGAGAUACUAGAGCAGGAGGAAUAUGAGGACCCAGGCAUCCCCGUGCAGCAGGUGGAGGAGCCAGAAGCUCUCCCCGAGGAACCACUGCCAACAGCCACAGACUACACCCACGUCCCCACAGGCCCGGGCACCCACGAGGCCCAUGGGCCGCAGGUGUACGUGGAGCUUCACGAACUAGUGAUGGAUGAGAAGAACCAGGAGCUACAAUGGAUGGAGGCAGCGCGCUGGAUGCUACUGGAGGAAAACCUGGGGCAGAAUGGGGUCUGGGGCCGCCGGCACCUGUCUUACCAUACCUUCUGGAGUCUCCUGGAACUGCAGAAAAUCUUUGCCAAGAGUACUGUCCUCCUGGACCUGAAGGAGACUUCCCUGGCUGGAGUGGCCAACCAGCUGCUGGAUAGCUUUAUCUACGAGGAGCAGAUCCGGCCUGAGGACAGAGAGGAACUGCUCCGGACCCUGCUGCUCAAACACAGCCAUGCCCGAGACCUGGAGGACCUGGGAGGGGUGAAGCCCGCAGUCCUGUUACGCUCUGGGGAGCCUUCUCAGCCUCUGCUCUCCCAACAGCCCUCGCUAGAGACACAGCUCUUCUGUGAACAGGGAGAGCAGAGCACAGAAGGUUCCUCACCAUCUGGAAUUCUGGAAAAGAUCCCCCCGGGUUCCGAGGCUACCCUGGUGCUAGUGGGCCGCGCCGACUUCUUGAAGCAGCCAGUGCUGGGCUUUGUCCGGCUGCAAGAAGCCAUGGAGCUGGACGCCAUCGACCCUUCUGUGCCUGUGCGCUUCCUCUUUGUGUUGCUGGGCCCCAAGCCCUAUUACACCGACUAUAUUCAGCUUGGCCGGGCUGCUGCCACCCUCAUGUCAGAAAGGGUGUUCCGCACAGAUGCCUACCUCGCCCAGAGCCGGAGGGAGCUGGUGCACUCCCUGGAGGGCUUUCUGGACUGCAGCCUGGUGCUGCCUCCCACGGAUGCCCCCUCUGAGCAGGCCUUGCUCAGCCUGGUGCCUGUGCAGAGGGAGCUGCUUCGGAGACGCUACCUGUCCAGCACUGCCAAGCCAGACCCCAACUUCUACAAGGACCUAGGCUUGAAUGGGGGCCCAGGGGUCCCUGGUGGCCCAGAUGACCCUCUGCAGCGCACAGGCCGGCUCUUUGGGGGCCUGGUGCGGGACAUCCGGCGCCGCUACCCCCUCUACCUGAGUGACAUCACAGAUGCACUCAGCCCCCAGGUCCUGGCUGCUGUCAUCUUCAUCUACUUUGCUGCCCUGUCACCUGCCAUCACCUUUGGUGGCCUCCUGGGAGAAAAGACCCAGAACCAGAUAGGGGUGUCAGAACUGCUCAUCUCUACUGCGGUGCAGGGCAUUAUCUUUGCCCUCCUGGGGGCUCAGCCGCUGCUGGUGGUUGGCUUCUCAGGACCCCUGCUGGUGUUUGAGGAAGCCUUCUUCUCGUUCUGCGAGAACCAUAACAUGGAGUACAUCGUGGGCCGUGCCUGGAUCGGCUUCUGGCUUAUCCUGCUGGUGGUGCUGGUGGUAGCCUUCGAGGGCAGCUUCCUGGUGCGCUUCAUCACCCGUUAUACUCAGGAGAUCUUCUCCUUCCUCAUCUCCCUCAUCUUCAUCUACGAGACCUUCUCCAAGCUGAUCAAGAUUUUCCAGGACCACCCGCUGAAGGACCAGUAUGAACCGCCCGUAAUAGUAAAGUCCAAACCUCAGGUGGCCCUGCCCAACACAGCCCUCUUCUCCCUUGUGCUCAUGGCUGGCACCUUCUUCUUUGCCAUGACUCUACGCAAGUUCAAGAACAGCUCCUACUUCCCUGGCAAGCUGCGUCGGAUCAUCGGGGACUUUGGGGUUCCCAUCUCCAUCCUCCUCAUGGUCCUGGUGGAUUACUUCACCGGCAUAACCUACACCCAGAAACUCUCAGUGCCUGAUGGCCUCAAAGUGUCCAACUCCUCAGCCCGAGGCUGGGUCAUCCACCCAUUGGGCUUAUACUCCGAGUUCCCCAUCUGGAUGAUGUUCGCCUCUGCCCUGCCUGCCCUGCUGGUCUUCAUCCUCAUAUUCCUUGAGUCUCAGAUCACCACGUUGAUUGUCAGCAAACCCGAGCGCAAGAUGAUAAAGGGCUCCGGCUUUCACCUGGACCUGCUGCUAGUUGUGGGCAUGGGUGGAGUGGCCGCCCUUUUUGGGAUGCCCUGGCUCAGUGCCACCACGGUGCGUUCAGUCACCCAUGCCAACGCCCUUACCGUCAUGGGCAAGGCCAGCGCGCCAGGGGCUGCAGCCCAGAUCCAGGAGGUCAAGGAGCAGAGGAUCAGCGGGCUCCUGGUGUCUGUGCUUGUGGGCUUGUCCAUCCUCAUGGAGCCCAUCCUGUCCCGCAUCCCCCUGGCCGUGCUGUUUGGCAUCUUCCUGUACAUGGGGGUCACGUCCCUCAGCGGCAUCCAGCUCUUUGACCGCAUCUUGCUUCUAUGCAAGCCUCCCAAGUACCACCCGGACGUGCCCUUUGUCAAGCGGGUGAGGACCUGGCGUAUGCACAUGUUCACCUGCAUCCAGAUCCUCUGCCUGGCAGGGCUGUGGGCGGUGAAGUCCACCUCUGCGUCACUGGCCCUGCCCUUCAUCCUCAUCCUCACUGUGCCCCUGCGGCACUUCCUGCUGCCCUGCAUCUUCAGCAAGCUGGAGCUCCAGUGUCUGGAUGCCAAUGACGCCAAGGUGACCUUUGAUGAAGAGGAAGGUCGAGAUGAAUACGACGAGGUGCCCAUGCCUGUGUGACAGGCAGGUCCAGGCCCAGACCCCUGCAACCAUUCCACUUCUCCACCCUCUCAGGGAAAGCAGAAGUCCAGAGGCAUCUCAUGACACAAGCCUGUGGGUGGGGAGGGAGGAGGUACCUAGGAAACCGUCCACAAAACUACACUGGUUUUUCUGCCUGGAGAUGGCCAGGAGGCCCACAUCAGGGGAUCCAGCCAAUAGUCCCUCCUGCUGCCACAUGGCCACGUGGGGAUCCUCACGUGCUAGAAGAUUUAGGUCUGAGCCCCGCCUCUUCAAAGUACAGAUGUGGGUAGUAACAAAGAUGGGAUGUUGGGGGUGGUUCAGAUUUUUGCUGGCUGGCUUUGUGACUUUGGGCAGGUCCCUUGACCCCUCUAGCCUCUGCUUCCUCUUCUGUAAAGUGGGUACAUUCAUAAUAAUACCCAUGUUAUAGGCUGACUUAUCCCUCCCCUUCCUGUCCCAGCCCUACCUGAGACCCUCUUCUCAAGGACCAGAGAGGUGUCCUGGUGAGGGUACAGGUGAGCUCCAGGGAAGGCCUGGACUGGGGUCUCCUAGGUGCUUGCUCCUUCCCACAAAGUGCUCCUUCAUUCACUCCACACACAUUAACUGAGGGCCUGGGCCCGGUGGACACAGGGGAGACUGAGACAAGACCCUGCCCUGGGUUGGGGGUCGUGGAACAAUAAUAGUCUAUUCUAGAUUUGGAUAGGGGAUAGAGGGAGGUAGGGAGGGUAUGGUAGAGUCAGGGAGGGGAGGGAGGUUUGUAACUUAUUAACUGUAUAUUUUCUCAGAGCUUUCAUUGUAUUUUGGCUUCAUACACACACCUCUGUCUCCCUUUAGAGACCCACUCUGUCUAACCUUAUCCAAACCAAGUCUUGGGGAGAACCCAGAUUUGAUCCUAUGGGGUAGGAGACAGUGUCUUUUCUAGAACAUGGGCAAAAUAUUUUUUUUAACAAAACAAAAAUAUAAAAAAGAGUUGAAAGAACAUCAAGUGAUGAGAAAUGGAGACACGGAGAAUCUGCUGGCAGAGAGGCUGCUGGAGGCUCCCAACAGAAGGCUCUCAGGGUGACCCUGAUAGCCACCACCUGCCACUCACCACCUCAUGGCACCAUGCCUCAGUUUUCUCAUCUGUAUAAAGGGGACAUUCAUGGUGCCUACCUGUAGGGGUGUUAAAGGAUUAGACAGUAGAAGUAAAACCCUGCUUAGCAGCGCAGAGCCCGGCCUCAGUGGGAGCUGCUGGGAUGGUUACUCUGAUUGGAACGUCCCACCUCUUCCCUCCCCCUGCCCCUUGAACAUCACCAAGGAGCUAGUGCCCUUCCCUCCACCAGGCUUGGGAAUAGGUUUUGCCAAUAAAUGCGUCUGUGUUGGA